AUGUCUGCGACCCAAAUCGUAGCCUUACCAGGCUCGGAAGCUUUCUCAGAAUUUCGCCAACAAGCCCUGGCACUUCAAGCAGAAGUUGAGAAGAUCAAAGGCCACUAUAUCCACUAUGUCGAUCUGCUGCAAGAUCUAGAUGAAAAUGCAUCUGAAUUGCUUACCAAUCUCCUCUCGGAUGGUGCUACUACUACUAUAGGCCAAGAUAUCGAAGGUGCAAAGAAUUAUUACGUUCUGCCCAGACCAGGUACCAUCUCGCCAUGGAGCUCAAAGGCUACCAACAUUGCUCAGGUCUGUGGUCUACGAAGACACGUCAGACGGGUAGAGAGAGGUAUCAAGAUUUCAGUCAAGCUGGCAGAUGGUCAAACAGACCUCACUUCGAGGCAGCUGGACUUUCUCCACGACCGUAUGACAGAGAAAAUAUACGCCAGCGAGCCGAAUCUGGUCGAGGAAUUCGUGACGCUACCAACAAGACCUUUGAAAUGCUUCGACUUGAGCGAGAACGGUGCUUCCCCUCUUGAGACUUUGCAAGAACUAAAUAGAACCUUAGGUUUGGCACUCGAUGCCGCGGAGAUACAAUACCUGGCCGAUGCGUACUCGAAAGAUGGACCUGUUGCACGAAAGCCGACAGAUGUUGAACUAUUCAUGUUUGCUCAGGUCAAUUCAGAGCACUGUAGACACAAGAUAUUCAAUGCAACUUGGACCGUGGAUGGCAAAGCAAAAGUUAAUAGCCUGUUCGGGAUGAUCCGAAACACACACAGAAUUACUCCUCGAGGCACCGUGAGUGCAUACGAAGACAAUGCUGCAGUCCUCGAAGGCUUCAAAGGCACACAUUGGGCCCCUAGUACAAGCAGUGGCCAGUGGCUUCCUACAGAUGAGAUGGUGCCAUACUUGGCGAAGGUCGAGACCCACAAUCAUCCCACGGCCGUGUCACCGUUCCCAGGUGCUGCCACUGGGUCAGGCGGGGAGAUAAGAGACGAGGGUGCUGUCGGAAGAGGUUCUAAACCGAAAGCUGGUUUAGUGGGGUUCACUGUGUCAGAUCUCUUGAUACCUGGUCAUCGGCAGCCAUGGGAGCUCGAUUAUGGAAAGCCAAAUCAUAUCGCAAGCAGUCUCGAUAUUAUGCUUAAUGCACCGCUUGGAGCCGCAGCUUUCAACAAUGAAUUUGGCCGCCCAUGCAUCAAUGGAUACUUCAGAACAUUCCUUGCCCAAGUGGACAUCAACAGUAACGAGAAAGAAGUCAGAGGGUAUCACAAACCUAUCAUGAUCGCAGGUGGUAUUGGUACAGUACGCCCACAACUUGCUCUGAAAGACCCUGACCUUGUGCCUACUGGAGCACAUCUCAUCGUGAUGGGUGGACCAGCCAUGCUGAUCGGACUUGGUGGCGGCGCUGCUUCGAGUGUCACAGCUGGGACAGGAUCGGUAGACCUUGACUUUGCUAGCGUUCAGCGUGGCAACCCCGAAAUGCAGCGACGAGCUCAGGAGGUCAUCAAUUCUUGUUCUUCGCUAGGCCAGGACAGUCCAAUCUUGUUCAUACACGACGUCGGUGCUGGUGGAUUGUCAAAUGCUUUACCUGAGUUGAUCAAGGACGCCGGUUUUCUUGGUGCAAAAUUCGAGCUUCGUGACGUGGACAAUGCAGACGGCAGCAUGAGUCCAAUGGAGAUUUGGUGCUGUGAGGCACAAGAACGAUACGUUCUAGCAGUCGCACACGAUGGUCUCAACAAGUUCCGCUCAAUAGCUGAACGUGAAAGAUGCAGAUACUCAAUCGUGGGCCAAGCCACAGGAGAGAAGAACAAUUCUGAGAACAGGGUGGUUCUGGUUGAUCGCAAUAACCCGAAUAUACAGCGGCCGAUUGAUUUGCCUAUGUCUGUGCUCUUCGGCAAGCCACCAAAGAUGGUGAGAGAUGUACAGAGCAGGAAUUUACAGCUAGCCAGCUUCGACCAUAGCCUUAUCACCUACCUCCCUGGCCAAUCAUCUGAGGAACUGCUGAACCAAGCGAUCAAUAGAGUCUUGCAGAUGCCUGCUGUCGGCUCUAAAUCCUUCCUUAUCACAAUUGGCGAUCGCACGGUUGGUGGACUAACAGCCCGCGAUCAAUUUGUUGGGCCUUGGGCAGUUCCUCUAGCUGACGUUGGUGUCACCGCGACCUCUUUAACUCAUGGCAUUCGCACGGGUGAAGCUGAAGCAAUGGGUGAGAAGCCAAUGCUAGCGUUGAUAUCACAUGCUGCAUCGGCUCGCAUGGCAGUCGCAGAAGCAUUGAUGAACAUCACUGCUGCUCAUAUUAAGGAGAGGCUAACCGAAGUCAAGUUGUCCGCUAAUUGGAUGUCUGCUGCCAGUCAUCCUGGUGAAGGUGUAGGCAUAUACGAAGCUGUUGAAGCACUUGGCAUGCAUCUCUGUCCAGAGCUCGGAAUAUCGAUACCUGUGGGCAAAGAUUCGAUGUCUAUGAAGAUGCGAUGGCAGGAUAACGCAGCUAAGGAGAGCAAAGAAGUAACAGCACCACUGUCGCUAGUGAUAUCAGCAUUCGCACCUGUGCUUGAUGUGACAAGAACUUGGACUCCUCAAGUGAAGCGGUACAACGAAGUCGGUGAGACGAGCCUCUUCUUCGUUGAUCUCGGCCUCGGUCACAAGUCAAUGGGUGGUUCCAUCCUAGCGCAAUCUUUCAAGCAAACUGGCAACGACUGUCCUGAUAUCAGAGAUGUGCACCUCUUUAAGGACUUCUUCGAUGCAACACAGAAGCUUCACGAGCAGGAUCUAGUUCUUGCUUAUCACGAUCGUAGCGAUGGCGGCCUCUUCUCCACACUUGCCGAAAUGUGCUUCGCUGGUCGUUGUGGCAUGAGUGUGUCCCUCGAAUCGAUCUGCGCUACGCCUGAUAUGGCAGAUAUAGUACCAACACUGUUCAAUGAAGAGCUCGGUGCAGUUUUCCAGGUACGUAAAGCGGAUGAAACCAAGUUCAAAGCUUGCUUCGCCACAUGUGGGCCACCACCAGGCCUUAUCUACAAAGUUGGCAGUAUUAGUAAGGAUUCAUCGACGAAGCAGAACCUCAGUAUUUACUGGCGUGCCAAACUGGUGUAUCGCGCUUCGAGAUCAAGCCUCCAGCAAACUUGGUCCAAUACAAGUCACUGGAUGCAAAAGCUAAGGGAUAACCCGCACUGCUCCGACCAAGAAUACGACAAUAUCCUAGACAACGAAGAUACCGGUCUUUCUUACCAUCUCACCUUCGAUCCCAAACAGACCAACCUCACACCAGUCACAUCCACCGUCCUGAACUAUAUUCGUCCCGCCUCCAAGCCACGAGUAGCCAUACUCCGAGAUCAAGGAACCAACGGCCAAGCGGAAAUGGCGUUCGCCUUCCACACAGCCGGCUUCCUAGCCUACGACGUCCACAUGACAGAUGUCAUGAACGGCCGCACCUCCCUCUCUGCCUUUCAAGGCCUCGCCCUCUGCGGCGGAUUCAGUUUCGGCGACGUCCUCGGCGCAGGUCAAGGCUGGGCCAAAUCUAUCUUAUUCCACCCACCCACAAAAUCCGAGUUUGAAGCGUUCUUCAAACGAGCGGACACGUUCACGCUAGGCGUCUGCAACGGCUGCCAGGUCCUCUCGAAGCUCAAAACUCUUAUUCCUGGCGCGGAAACCUGGCCGAGUUUCGAGAGGAAUGAGAGCGAGCAGUACGAGGCACGAGUGUGUAUGGUCAGUGUCUCAGACCCACCACCUACAGCAACAAGCGGCACAACCGACUCACCAGCCCUCUCACCUUCCGUGUUCCUGAACGGGAUGCACACCUCUGCCCUCCCAAUCGCAACAGCGCACGGCGAAGGCCGCGCCAGCUUCAUCUGCAACAUCCCACAAUCGACCCUAGCCUCAUCCUCAAAAGCCUCCCUAGCAGCACAGAAUGAGCAGCUCGCGUCGGAGUUCGUACGUAGCGGUCUAGCGCCGUUACGAUACGUCGAUAACAACACCUUGAAGCCGACGCAGAAAUAUCCUUUCAACCCGAAUGGUUCGCCGGACGGAAUUGCUGGUGUCAGAAGUAAGGAUGGGCGAGUACUGGCGCUGAUGCCACAUCCUGAGAGGACGGUUCUUGGUGCUGCGGCGGGGAGUUAUGUGCCGGAAUCGAGGCGGGAGGAAUUCAUCGAGUAUGGAGGUGCUUGGAUGAGGUUGUUUAGGAGUGCUAGGGGGUGGUGUGGUUAA